ACACUCAACUGUUGGCGGUAAUGCACCAUGUCGCUGUUUGCCAACCCAUAAUCAAACCUCAGAAGAAGAAGCUCCCAGUAUGCACCGCGGUCCGGUCGCUCUUUUGUUGCCGGAAACGCCUCUGGGACAAUGCAAUCACACCACAAUGUUCAGAGGUUGGAAAAUGGAGCUGUGUCUCGGAGAGACCCUUUACUGGGAGAAGAUCCCACCGGUCUGCCUGACCUGGCUGCUGACCAGCUGUUUAAUGGCUCUACAGUUGCUUCAAGGUUCCUGCGGGCUGAACUGGAACUGAACGCGCGGUUGCGGACGCUGUCCUUUGGGAAACCAGUGCGAUACACGUACAACCCGCUUGAGUACGCCUGGGACACACAUCGAUGUUAUGUGGAGAAAUACUGUCAGGAAGGGCAGAGCGUUCUCUUCCUAGGCAUGAACCCAGGGCCUUUUGGCAUGGCACAAACAGGGGUACCGUUUGGGGAGGUGAAGGCGGUUCGCGGCUGGCUGGAGAUCACCGGAACGGUCGGCCGUCCAGCAGAGGAACAUCCUAAGCGACGGAUCGUGGGCCUCGACUGCACUCAGAGUGAAGUGAGCGGAGCCCGUUUCUGGGGCUUUUUCCAAGAGCUCUGCGGUGAAACUCACAACUUUUUCCGCCACUGUUUUGUGCACAACUUGUGCCCUCUGAUCUUCAUGAGUGAGUCUGGCAAGAACCUAACUCCACCUGAGCUCCCGGCCGCCGAGCGUGAUGCCCUUUUGUCCUGCUGUGACAGUGCUCUUUGUCAGGUCGUCACUGCACUGGGUGUCUCCAUGGUGAUUGGAGUGGGCAAGCUAGCUGAGCAACGCGCUCGACGGGCUCUCGCAGAAGCAGGCAUCACUGUGAGAGUGGAGGGUAUCAUGCAUCCGUCCCCUAGAAACCCACUGGCUAAUAAAGGAUGGGCUAACAUAGUCAGAGACAAACUAGAUAAUCUGGGCGUGGUAAGUUUGCUUACCAGUUGAUGAUGACCGCUAUACCUCUGCAUUUUAAAAUUCAGUCAUUCAUUCUUUUGAACCUUACUGUUGACAUUAUCAGUGACUUAAUGAGACAUUUGUGGAAGUAAAACAUCAUGUUUUAAGAUAACAGAUGUUAUGACCAUUAAUGGAGUACUUUAUCACACAUUUAUUAUUUAAAAAAAAAAAAAAAAAUGUUUGUGUAUUAUUUAUCUGUGUGUGUGUAUACACACACAACUUUAGAUGGCCAUUUUAAGAUCUUUCGUAUGUUAAGAUGUAAAGGUGCAUGCAUAUGUGGUAAUAUAUACAUUUAGAUGUUUGUCUGCAUUUUUUAGAAUACAUUUGUGGAGCUAAGAAAAAAAAAAUACUGUAGAUAUUACUUUAUGUUAGUCUUUGAUUAUAGCACACUAACCAUUUUGUAAAGAUCAGAGUAUCUGAGAUUCUUUUAUCCUUACACUUAACCAUAAUGACUUAGCCGUAAUGAGUUCAAGAGGUUAUUAUACGUUGAAUUCAAUCUCAUUUUUGCCCUUUAGUGGAUUGCCAUUUUUUUUAUUUUUUUAUUCUGUGUUUAACCCAAAUGUUGAGUCAAAUAUACAGUAUAGGUGAUGGCAAUAAAUUGUAUCUCAUGUUCAGCACCAUCCUUUAAAAUUGUGUUUUUCCGUUAACCAAACUGUUUUGUAUUUAUAAUAAAAAAAAAAAAAUAAAAAAAAUAUAUGUUCAACAAAUCUAAUGUGUAUUGAGAAGAAGCUUCUUUCUUUUUUGGCAUGGGAAAUACUUUGGACACUUUAAUGAAUGUUGUUUUCAGUUUUAAACAGAAUCACAGUUCUAUUAGUAGAGUAUUUCAUUCUUUUACUUGAGUAUCCUAAUAUAUUUAAAAUACAUUGAGCUCAUACUAAGUACACUUCAAAUCCUUUAACAUAUUUAAAACUUCUAAUUAAACUUUAUUUGGAGUACUACUUGUGUUCAUUGCAGAUGUCAUAAUAUUAAGCAUAAAAUGUGAUUUAAUGCCACUGUUGAUGCGAAUUGUAUGAUCUUUGAAUAUUAGCAGUCUUCAAAUGCAAGAUAAGUAAAGUGUGCCUGAAGUAUACUUGCAAUAGAUCCACUUUAGCACAAUCAAAUAUAUUUCAGUAUCUUUAGUUGCACUAC